AUGAAGGCAUCAGAUGGCAGCCUCUUGGGGGACCCUGGCCGCACACCGCUGAACAAGAAGGAAUGCGUCAAAUGGCAGAGGCCGCGGCUCACCCGCAAGGCCCUGAUGCGAUGCUGUCUAGUCAAGUGGAUCCUGUCCAGUGCUGCCCCACAGGGCUCAGACAGCAGCGACAGUGAGCUAGAGCUGUCCACGGUGCGUCACCAGCCAGAGGGACUGGACCAGCUGCAGGCACAGACCAAGUUCACCAAGAAAGAGCUGCAGUCCCUCUAUAGGGGCUUCAAGAACGAGUGUCCCACAGGCCUGGUGGAUGAAGAUACCUUCAAACUCAUUUACUCACAGUUCUUUCCUCAGGGAGAUGCCACCACCUACGCACACUUCCUCUUCAAUGCCUUUGAUGCCGACGGGAAUGGGGCCAUCCGCUUCGAGGACUUUGUAGUGGGCCUUUCCAUCCUGCUGCGGGGAACAGUCCAUGAGAAGCUCAAGUGGGCCUUCAAUCUCUAUGACAUUAACAAGGAUGGAUACAUCACUAAAGAGGAGAUGCUGGCCAUCAUGAAGUCCAUCUAUGACAUGAUGGGCCGCCACACCUACCCCAUCCUACGGGAGGAUGCACCUCUGGAGCACGUGGAGCGGUUCUUCCAGAAAAUGGACCGGAAUCAGGACGGGGUGGUGACCAUUGAUGAGUUCCUGGAGACCUGUCAGAAGGAUGAGAACAUCAUGAGCUCCAUGCAGCUGUUUGAAAAUGUCAUCUAG